GAAAGAGAGAUCCCUGCUAUCCUUCCCUUGCGGCCCAAAUUCGCAAUGCCGAGAUUUUAAUGGCUCCCCAUCGUGUUCCUGUCUUCCAACUUACAUUGGUGGGCCGCCGAGUUGUAGGCCAGAAUGUACAAUUAGUUCCGAGUGUCGAAGCAAUCAAGCCUGUAUUAGAGAAAAAUGUCAGGAUCCUUGCCCCGGACUUUGUGGAAUAUCGGCUCAAUGUACUGUAAUCAAUCAUACACCAAUCUGCACUUGUCUGGAUGGUUAUCAGGGUGAUGCGUUUACCAUUUGUCAACUCAUUCCGCCUCAACAAGUACCACUCCAAGAAGACCCUUGCAAUCCUAAUCCUUGUGGAUCGAAUGCAGUGUGCAACAAUGGCGUUUGCUCUUGUAUGCAAUAUCAAGGAGAUCCAAAUAUUGGUUGUCGUCCCGAAUGCGUUCUAAACUCUGACUGUCCGAGAGAUAAGGCCUGUUUGCGAAGUAAAUGCACAAAUCCAUGCUUGUCCGAACCUUGCGCAAAUGCCAUUUGCGAAGUUGUAUCUCACAUUCCAAUGUGUACUUGUCCGCCGGGAUUGGAAGGAAAUGCCUUUGUUCAGUGUCAACCUGUUAGAGCUCCAGUCAUAGAAAAUCCUUGCCAACCAUCGCCUUGCGGACCGAACAGUCAAUGCAGGCAAAUCAAUGGCCAAGCUGUGUGCUCUUGUGUACCAAACUACAUAGGAAGCCCUCCAACAUGUCGUCCGGAAUGUACCAUAAACUCUGACUGUCCAUUUACCCAGGCAUGUUCCAAUCAAAAAUGUCGUGACCCUUGUGCUGGUACCUGUGGAAUCGGAGCAAAAUGUAUGGUUGUGAAUCACAAUCCCAUUUGCAGCUGCCCGAAUCGAUAUUCUGGAAAUCCAUUUGUCAUGUGUCAGCCAAUAAGUAUGUCUGCCAAAUCAAAUUUUCUAUUCGCUUAGAAAGCACCUACAAACUUCCAUGUCUCAUUUAAAUAGUUG